AUGAGCAUAGAAAGGUCCCUAGCCACAUACAGAAUCCAGUCUCAAAGCCAGAACUCUUCGUUCGACGGAUACUUCAUCCUUUCACUGAUGGUAAGAUAUCCUCGAUGAAAUCGAAAAACUCGAUCCGAUUCUCCGCAGAUCGCCGCAGGCCUUGGAGUUACCACAUUCGCCUACCGUCGUUUCAGCUUGUCUUCUUUGUCUAUAUUCUGCACAACGUCUACAACGGAGACCAUCAAUGACGUCACGACUGUAACGUUGCUCCUCGCCUUAUGUGACGUCAUCGCUUUUAUCUAUACCGUCGUUCUAUAUUUCAUCAAUGCUCGGCAGAAAGGAAAGUUGGUUUUUUACUGUCAACACAGCUUUGAACUUUUCUGCAAAUCUUAACCACUUUCCGAUCAAUUCGUUUAAAUGAACUUCACAAUCAGCUUAAUUUUUCUCCAUGUCAUUUUCUCACUGGUUCUGAGCCGUAGCUAAUUGGAAACUUUCACGCUACAACUGCAAGCAUUAAAAAGGGGAAAAUUCUGCGUAGCACUUAAAAAUGAGAGCACGAUUCAGAAAGAAAAAAGACAAGGCAGUCUGUUUCAAAUCCGCGCGACUGGGGUACGUAAUACACAGUUCAUCAAACGAAGAUUUUAGACUGACCUACGGAAACAUCGAAGUGAAGAGUCAGCGAAUGGAAAACGACGCUGCAUACAAGCUUUUGAUGCCCUUGAUAGUAUUCCAUCUGACAUUUUUCUUGACUUUCAACCUCGCCGUUGCCAGUCUCAAGAAGCUGAAACAUCUUUUUUCUCGAGAGAGCGAUUUCCAAGUUUUCAUCUCCUCUCUUUACGUCAGCUUCUCUCAAACUAUCAAGAGCUUCAAAAACGUUCAGGUUGUUCCCAUCUACACGUUCGUUUCCCCACUGAUUAUGCAGCAUAUCAUGGUUCGAGGAGCAAGGCUACGCAAAGAAAAACUGCAACAGGUCCGACGCGUUGAUCCAAAUCAAAACGAUACAUAUUUCAACAUGUAUCGGGACAUGUGGAACCAGCCUUGAACUAUUGGAGAGAAUAAAUAUUCAUAGUAUUCUUGAAUUUGAUGAAAUUAGUGAAACGAAGAAAAAAUUCUCUGGAGUCAAUACUGUAAAUAUUAUAAAGAUGAUUCAUAUAUUGGAAAAAUUGACAGAAAGUUGGGAUUGUCAAGGUGGAAUAAAUAAAAAUCAUGAUUAUUACGAAAAUCUGAAAUUAUCUAACAAAAAUAGAAAGAUGGAAAGAAAUUAUUCAUAAAAAGAAAGAAAAAAAUCGUCAAAAAUAUGAAAAAGCAUGUUAAUUUUUUGUUUUUUUAAAACCUUAUAAACUCUUCCACAUAUGAAUACGAUACGAACGCGAUUGAACAGAAAAAAAAGUCUUUUUUUGAAGUUUAUGGAAAACUACAUUUUUUUUCUAUAAAAUUUUUGAGUCGAAACUUUUUGUCAUAGUACAAAAACUUGACCUCUUUAUUGUAGAAUUAAAUUAUUCAUUCAAAUUAUUGAAAUUAUUAGAUGAUUGUGGAAAUUGAUAGUUCAGUUUCUAUAAUUCUUUUUUUUUACCAAACUUUCAAACCAAUGGAAGAAAAUAUUCAGGUCGAAGCCCUCAAAUGCAUUUAUAGGCCGUAAAAAGUGCUAAUAUAUGUGUACUAGAAUAGGCAAGGUCUAUUUUAUAAAGCUUUCGCCGGUUAACUUUAAUUUUCAAAACUAUUCACUUCUAGAAUGUGAAAUUUUUAAAGUACAAGAGUAAAUUUUUUCCUUAUCAAAAACCCAAUUAACAGCCGAUGGAAAUUUAUUUCUGUGCCAAUCUAUAACCUAUUUUAAGAUAUUUUUCCGCUCGAAAAUGACGUAGCAAAAUCACAAUCCUAUUCGUCCAUCCCCAUUAAGUCUAUUGUUGAAUCAACCUAUUUUUACCCUUUUUAUUGAAAUUUUCGCAGCACUUCCAUCACUUACGGUCCCAUUUCCAGUAUAUUGUUCAAGAUGGAAUGCCGAAUCGCAAAGGAGCAAAUCGCCAAUCCUUGGCAACACGUAGUUCCUUUCUACCAGUUGUUUUUUGCGAUUCUAACAAUUGCUGCCAAUCUUCGCUUGCAUUUUUAUGCUAAGAACAAUACUUAUUUCCACGCAAGCUUCAAGGUACGUUAAUUGAAAAAACUUAUCGACUGAAGUUUACAAAAUAAAUUUUUGAGUCUUUUAUCAAAAAUCUUGACAAUACCGCUGAAGACUGUUUUAGAAAAAGUCUCGAGAAAAGACUAUUUCGAAAAAGGACUUUUUCAAAUCUUCGUCUUGCAGGUUUUUCAAUCUAUUGUCGUCAUUAACACUAUUCACUCUGUAUUUAUAAUUAUUCAAAUGGUGAUAAAAUUUCAAGAAUGAGAAAAAACAUCAAACUUUUUUAUUCCAGUUUCAUCAUUUAAUAUCUUGGCGGAUCGAAGGAUCCUGCGAUGCUAUGACCUCCGGACUCGUUUGUCUCUCUCUUAGGGCUCCCAUUGUUUUUUGCUUCUCGUAAGUUCACCUGUUACUGCGAAAAAGAGCCAUUUCGAGUGAUUCAAGUAUGAACGCCCUUCUUCAUUGUGGAAUGAGCAUCGAAAGGACUCUAGCAACGUUCCGAAGCAAUGCUUAUGGAGGAGAGCUCUUCGUUCUCUGGAUACAUCAUUUUAUUUUUGAUGGUUAGAACAUCAAGAGCUUUUUUCGAUGUAGAAAGCCAAAAGUAUUCUGGAAAUACUUGAUUCAAUACACUUUUUUGAGGUCGUGUUCGGUGUAUUCGUGACAAUCUACUCCCAUCACAAGUACAACAUGAACUCGUUCUCGAUUUUUUGCAUGAGUUCGAGUGCCGAAACUCUCAAUGACGUCACGUCGAUGUCGUUACUUCUAGCGAUAUGUGACCUCAUCGCUUUCCUAUACACCGUCGUUUUGUACUUCAUCAAUGCCCGACAAAAGAGACGGUGCUUCCGUUCGAUAGGAAAACGAAAUUUCAUGAGAAAUUUAGACUAUCUUUCGGAAAUCUUCAAGUGAAAAGUCAACGAAUGGAGAACGAGGCAGCGUACAAACUUCUGAUGCCUUUAAUCGUAUUCCAUCUCCUAUUUUUUCUGAGUUUCAAUCUUGCUGUUGGAAGCCUCAAAAAACUUCAGCCUCUUUUCACUCGUGAAAGCGACUUCCAUGUUUUCAUCACUUCGCUUUACGUCAGUUGCUCUCCCUAAAAUGACAAGAAGUACACGCUCAGGUUAUCCCCAUCUACACAUUCGUUUCGCCACUGAUUAUGCAGCAUAUCAUGGUUAGAGGAGCACGGCUGCGAAGGGAAAAACUUGUGGAAGUCAGACGCAUUGAACUCAACGAAAACGACACUUACUUCAAUAUGUACCGCGACAUGUGGCAGAUGUCUCAAACAACGAUGUGA